UAAACGUUUAGAUCGUAGGUAUAUCGAUACACUAGGUUUGGUAUUAUUCCCAAUGUCUUACACUCUGUUAUUUCUUUACUUAUAGGUAGUUUGUAUAAAAAUAUAUGCACAUAGUAUUAAAAAUUAAAAGGCAGUUCACUUGAAAACAGAUUAUCGGAGAUAAUUGCCUUGUAGAGUUGUAAAUGAGUUCAUUGGUGUUCUUUAAGUCCCUAGUUGUUUUAUUUAGUUUUUAAAGGCAAAAAAAAAAAUGAUUGAUAACUAAUCGGAAACAACAAUGAUUUUGAAUGCAGCUGAUUGAAAAACAUAUUCUAGUAAUUGAGUAUUUGUGUAGAUUUGUUGAAGCUGAAGCCGUGUGACUGUGAACGAAUAAUAAUAAAUUUGGUAGAUAUAAACAUUCAGUAUUUUGAAACCGUUAUUUGUUUUGCACAUAAUGCAGCAGAAUCCGACAUAUAACAACUAAGGAUAUGACCUGCUGAAACUGAACUAUCACAUUCAGAUACGAAAGUCCCAAUCAAUUAAAAUACAUAGUGAGUAAAGUUGAGAAGAGAAAGACACAAUGAGAUCUUUGAACUUAUUUUUUUUUAAAAUUAUUUAGGGAAGAAUAAUUCAUGCGUCUCCAAGAUAAAUAGCCACAGGAAAAUAGUUGUGUAUACACAAGGAUGUGGAGGUAUAUAAUUGGUUGGGCAAAGCAAUAUAAAGCUCGAGGAGAAUAGCUCAGGUAUAUCAUCUGCAUAGUAGACCAAUAGCAUAGUGCAAACUUACUUUAUGUGAACGCCCUCUAAAUUACUCUAGCAAUUAUUAUUUAGUGUCGGUCUUGGAUGUCUUUGACAGAAUAUUUUGUUACAAACAUACAGAUCAACUAUUACUUGGUUCCAUUCCCAGAACGUUUUACCUGUAGCUAUUCAGGCUGAACAUCAUCGUGAAAAAGCACCAUAAGCAAACAAAGAUGAUGGGCACUAUCCUCCCCUACGUAGACUCCUACAAAUUUUAUACAAGGAUAAAACUAUUAGGUGAAAAAUGCCUUUGAUGGCAAUGGCAAAUACAAUCCAUAAAAAUUAGUGAAAUUUUAUUUCAAAGACAUUAUAUUUCACCUGACACCGGUUAGGGAAGAUGGCCAACUCUGAUAGUUCGCUAAUUGAUAUGAAAUAUAAACAGAAUAUUGACGAACGCAUUGAAACUGCAAAGACUUUGAAGAAUGAAGGUAACGAAUUUUAUAAAGAGAAGAAGUACAGACAGGCGACUGGCAAAUAUCACCGAGCAUUACUUCAGCUGAAGCUGAAUAUGGACAACGUUUGUCGUCCUCUCACCGACUGUCUCCAACAGUCACCAGACUCAUUUCCUUCUUACAACGUCCCAGUAGAUUAUCGUCAAACCAUUUCAGCUAUUCAGGCCGAUUGCUACAAUAAUUUGGCUGCAUGUCUGCUUCAUAAGGAAGAUACCAACUAUGAUCGCAUCAUAGAGUACUGUGACUUGGUGUUGGCUAUUUAUCCUGAAAACUUAAAGGCAGCUUUUAGAAAAUGCAUGGCUCUCUAUCACAUGAAAAAAUAUGAAGAAGCUUUGGAAGAUUUACAGUCUCUCUCACACAAACAUCCUGAAGACCUAGCCAUUAAGCGUUACAUCAAACUUUGUGAAGCUGAAGUUCGAAAACAUAAUCGAAGCAUUAAAAAAACUUACCAAGAAAUGUUUAAUGAAAUGAAUAAACACAGCAAGGAAGUGAAUGCAGUCCAUUAGACUGAUAUAAUAGUAUACAGGAGGUUUUAUACAAUAUAAAGACAGACUCUAUGAAGAGACUCUCAAGUUCAGGAAAAGUACAGAAAUUGUUUGCAUCAAAAGUAUACAACUGAAAUAUGGACAAAUUUUAAAGGAAUUAGUGUGUGUGAAGCCAGGAUGAAUGGGAAGAUGGGGACAAUAUGAAGACUGUGUAUAAGGGCCAAAUGUGAGGAGUGUUAGAAUAUAAAGAUUGUAUGUGAAGUAGACAAAAUGUGAGACACUGUGUAAGGAUGGUCAACAUGUGUAAAACUGAUCAAAGUGUAAAAAGUAUGUGAGAUAGAUGAACUGGGAAAAUUGUAUGAAGUAUACAAAAUUGGAAGAUUUUGUGAGGAUGGUCAAAAUGUGAAUGUUAUGUAUGUGAAGAUGGUCAUAACAUGAAGACUAUGUGAGGCCUGUAUGUAAGGUACAUAAAAUGUGAAAAUAAAAGAAUGAAUUCAUGAAAUCAAUUUACAAUUUUUUACUCCAUUUUAUUGAUCAUUUUAUUCUAAUAAAACAAUUUAAAAUAUCA